AUGCAGAACUCGACGCGGAUCCGCCAGAAGGAGGAGCUCAGCUACCUGCGCAACAAGGUGCAGGCGCUGGAGCAGGAGCUGGAGGCCAAGAAGCGCGAGCUCAUGGCCUCAAGCACGGACAACAAGGAGAACAGACUGGCGAGCAGAGCGCGCCGAGGCCGCUGGCAGCGCAUCGCCAAGCAUCAGUUGGUCGAGAAGCAGCGCGCCGAGAUGCAGAACCUGCAGCUGAAGGAGACGCUCGUGGAGCAGCUCAAGCUGGCCCGCAGUCUGCAGAAGCUGCUCAAGCGGAGCGUGGUCAGGAAGGACGAGGGCACGGAGGCCGCGCAGCUCCAGGCGCGCCUCGAGUUCACCCACUACUGCAGUGGCAGUGGGGAGGACGCGCUGUACGAAACCCUGCUAAAGGACAUGGACGCCGUGUACGCCGAGGUGGACGCGGUCUGUGCGAGGAACUCGAUCAUGCAGAGCCUCGAGGAGGGCUCGAACGUGUCAAGCUUGCAGGUUGGCGACUCGUACGCGCUGUACUUGGAGACCACCAACUCCAAGGUCGUGCCCUUCGGGAUGGAGGAGACGUGCUCUGCCGUGUGGAGGUGCCUGUCGAGGGAGCACAUCAAGCUGGCGGACGGCACGUACCAUGGCGUGGCCAGCUCGUCGGACACCAUUCGAGCCAAGGCCAUCACGACGCUGCGGGUGGACACGACCCAAGCUCGGCUGCAGAUGAGGUUUGCCAUGAAGAAGUACAGCGAAGGCCCGAGGGAUCUGCUACAUGGACUCAAGAUGAUGCAGCGUGCGUGGGUCGUGAUCCGCCCAGUGCCCAUUGAAGAGGACGAGCUGACGAUCAUCCAGCUGUGCAUGAGACUCACUCCGUCGUUGUCGGCAGGGGUGCUGGGCACUCCGGGUCCGCGGACUGGCGCGAUCACGGAGCUUCUGCUUGCAGCCGUGCAUCGGAACCUCAGUUGGUUGUUCCAAACCGUCGAGAAUAUCCUGAUGGAGCACGAUUUCGGUGCCGCGCCUCAACAUUAUGAUGGCAGAAAGUGA